AAUUAUUUUAGUUGUAUUAUCCAAUAGAUUUCUGUAGGUUGCAGAUUUAUUCAGGAUGAUGGAGAAUUAAAACACAUUACGACCUGUCAUUCCAAUCAAUGAAUACAAAACUCUGGAUUGUCAACAUCUACAGAUCACGAUGAAGUUGCCGUUCAUGAGAAACUAUUCGCCAACUUAUAUUUUUGGAGUAAUAGGGAUUAUUAUUCUUUUAGUCAAUGAUUUCAUUACAGCAUAUCAGAGUAACUACGAUAAUUACUUGCCAGACCAACAGGAAACAGAAUCUCUACCGACAGACAAAAGAUAUGCCAUGUUAUCGUACAGCUUCAGACCAAGAAGCCGAUACGGAUCACGAAGAAGAUACCGGCCAUAUCGAAAACAUUAUAGGUACAUUUACAAGUAUUCUAACAAUUAUAGUCAAAAUAGGGACAAGCCAUGGAUGAAACUUCCAAACAUGUGGUGUUUCAGACGUCCAUGUUCAACAACAAACGAUUGUUGUAGAAAACACAAUAUUUGUGAUCCUAGCGCAAAGCGUUGCAUCGACUGCUGGUAUGGUUAUCCUUGCACAAGAAAUGCUGACUGCUGUGAAAGAUUUCCUGUUUGCGACAAUAGGAGUAACUCUUGCAAGAACUAAAUUGUUUCGAAGUAAAUCAAACCAAAGCUGUGACACUAAUCAUUGCAUGUGUACUUAUUCAUUUAAUAAAUGAUUUAUUUCUUUUA